GGUUUUUAUUGUUCUUCUGGCUGUCCUCUUCCUCUUCGUCAACAAGAAGCUGUGUUUUGAAACAAUAGGAGGCCUUCCACGCUUGGAGCAACGAGGGAAAAGAAAGCACUCUAAAGACAAGACUGGGGUCUGCGAGGGGCUGGCUGAGAAGUUUGAGAGAGAAAUAUUCACAGCCAUUAAGAGACUUCCAAUUUAAUUUCUCAUCAUGCUAAUUCUGUAGUUCACAUUAAGUCCAGAGUGCUGGAGGAACUGAACGAGUGGACUUUGUAGACAUCAGAUAGCUGGUCAUGGUGUUGGCCAUGGCAUCUCAGGAUGCUCAGAAUUUCUUCCAGCCUCUCUCUUCCUGGAUAUCUCGGGUUUAUGAAGCUCUCCAGCAAGCAGGAGAUAUGUUAUCUGUUUCGUUGGUUAACUUAAGCAAACGAGACUCUAAAUUGAAUGACAAGCUAGACCAGGACUUAGAUGAUAUUCAGAUUCAGGAAACUGAUUUUGAAGAUGAAGAACAAGACAAUGAUCGGAGCCAAGAGGACACAAAUUCCUUGUUUGUUGAAGUGGAUCAUUUUUCAUGUUGUAGUAGUGAUUUUCAGGACUCUGCCCAAAGUUCAAGCCCCAGCAUUGGCCAACAUGCAAAGGACUCAUGUUCUGUAGUGUCCCAGUGGCCCCAUCAGACCUUUGAUGGCCAAAAGCCACCACAUGUGCUUUCUUCCAUUGCUGAGGAAGAGCAUCGUCUUGAAAAGCAGAGGAGUGGCCUUCAACACUGCUUUGACAGCCAGCCCCCUGGUAAUUUAGAAAAUGUUAAUGGAAAAAAGCAAGUUGAUAGCUUUGGAGAUGAUGAAGAACCAUCCAUAUCUUCUGACAAUGAUGAGGAGGUGAUCAAACAGUUUGAAGUCUCUGUUUCUCACUCCCCAAGUUCUCAUUCAGUAGCUUCUGAGAAAGGAAAGCAGACAGGUUUGGAGAAGAAACCAAAAUUCAGCCACUUGCUUUCUAACCAUGAAGACGAUAGCACAGGAGUGUCUGCCUGUGAAGAUUUGGAUGGGACCAGCCAACUAAGGUAUUCCGAGACUCUGUGUUACGGUGAAAAUGACCCCGUCUCCAUCCACCCACCGUCCCCAUGCAAGAGAAGGGAUCCCAAGCACCCUGGCGAGUCUCACCGCGAGACCAGCACGGUCCGUAGCCUCAGCCGCCAGUCCACAGACGGCAGCGUGGAGAUGGAGACGGCUUUUAGUAAUCGGGGAUUUGAAGAUUCCUAUGCCACUGACAGCUCCUCAACAUGGAGUCCAGAGGAACAGGACAGGACCAACUUUCAAGUGCCACCUGGGGCCCCAGAGCCCAUCUCAAAGUGUGGUGACCUGGAUGUCAUCUUUGAAUAUAGAGCUGCCUGCCAGAAGCUCACGGUGACCAUUGUGAGAGCCCAGGACCUCCCAGAUAAGGACCGAAGUGGAGUCAACUCAUGGCAAGUUCACAUAGUGCUGCUGCCCAGUAAGAAACAGAGGGGCAGGACAAGCAUACAGAGAGGGCCCAACCCCAUCUUCAAGGAGAAGAUCACCUUUGCCAAGCUGGAGCCCAGAGAUGUGGUUGCCUGUGCUGUCCGCUUCCGCCUGUAUGCUGCCCGCAAGAUGACCCGUGAGAGAAUGAUGGGAGAGAAGCUGUUCUAUCUUAGACACAUGCACCCAGAAGGGGAAAUGAAAGUGACUCUGGUUUUGGAGCCAAGAAGUAAUAUAAGUAUUGGAGAGUCUCAGCUCAGCCCAUCUGCAGUUUCCCGCAGCGACAGUGCUUCAUCCACGCAGUCGCUGUCCCAUGGAGGGGCGCCAGAGCUGUUAGUGGGGCUGUUGUACAAUGCCACAACAGGGCGAUUAUCUGUGGAAAUUAUCAAAGGCAGCCAUUUCCGAAACCUCGCAGUGAACAGAGCGCCUGACACAUAUGGAAAGCUCUUUCUCCUCAAUUCUGUGGGCCAACAGAUGUCCAGCUGCAAGACAUCCAUUCGCCGUGGUCAGCCCAAUCCUGUCUAUAAGGAAACCUUUGUUUUCCAGGUUACCCUCUUUCAGCUCUCUGAUGUCACAUUGAUGAUUUCAGUUUAUAACAGGCGCACUAUGAAGCGUAAAGAGAUGAUUGGUUGGAUUGCUCUGGGCCUAAAUAGCAGUGGAGAGGAGGAGCAAGACCAUUGGGAGGAAAUGAAGGAGACCAAAGGUCAGCAGGUCUGCAGAUGGCACACCUUACUCGAAUCCUAGUCUUGCCAGCAGGUGUUUGUGUGCUGUCUUCGUUGUCACCUGUGUUGCUGACUCCUGACACCAAGUCAGCAUAUCCUGGAAGGCUUUAUAAAGACAGGCUUCAAAUGGGAAUUCUGCUAACCCUAGGAUGUUCUGGGUGGAGCUUCUGGGUUUCUAAAAGAUUUAAUUGGGCAUUCAGAAUUCUAAUUAAAAAGAAACCCACAUACAUAGCCAAGUGUACUAUAUGGAAAAUGUUACCAUAAUUAAGACCAGUGAUAAUGAGUUAAUUUGUGCUAAUGCCAUUGCAUUUUGGUUCAGACUAUGGAAUGAAGUUUCUCCUGCGAUCUCUCUUUGCUUGAAGAGAUGCAAAGGAGUAGUUAAAUGUUAUUAUUUGCAACCACUUAUCUGUAUAAAGCAAAAUUUUCUUAACACAAGGCAAAAAAAAAAAAAAAAAAAAAAAAAAGAAACC